AUUGUGGAAAGGAGGGGAGGAAGGGGAGGGAAGGAACAGGAGGCCCCUAGCUUGGCGCUCCCUGGCUCUUGCUGCUGCUGCCCUCGGUGCUGGUGCUGCUGCCGUUGCAGUCUCUUUCGGGCCCUAUAGCCGGGAUGCUGUGGGUGCCCCAGGCUGGUGGAAGGGCAGCGGCUAAGGCUUCGGGGAGAUGCACGCUGGCCCCAGCUGCCUGCGACCAUGAGCCUGACUGCCCGAGUCUCCUGCUCAAUGCUCAGCUGCUUUGGUGAGGAGGGGCCCCCCAGCCUGGAGUAUAUCCAAGCCAAGGAUCUGUUUCCCCCCAAGGAACUAGUGAAGGAAGAAGAGAAUCUGCAGGUACCCUUCACAGUGCUGCAGGGGGAGGGGGUAGAGUUCCUCGGCCGGGCAGCCGAUGCCCUCAUUGCUAUCUCCAACUACCGGUUACACAUCAAGUUCAAAGACUCGGUUAUUAACGUGCCCUUGCGGAUGAUUGACAGUGUGGAGAGCCGGGACAUGUUUCAGCUGCACAUUGCCUGCAAGGAUUCCAAGGUGGUGAGGUGCCACUUUUCUACUUUCAAGCAGUGCCAAGAGUGGUUGUCAAGGCUGAGCCGAGCCACAGCAAGACCUGCCAAACCCGAGGACCUUUUUGCCUUUGCCUACCAUGCCUGGUGCCUGGGUUUGACUGAAGAGGAGCAGCACACCCACCUUUGCCAGCCAGGAGAGCACGUACGAUGCCGGCAGGAGGCAGAGCUGGCGAGGAUGGGGUUUGACCUGCACAACGUCUGGAGAGUCUCACACAUCAACACCAAUUACAAGCUGUGUCCUAGUUACCCCCAGAAGCUGUUGGUUCCUGUGUGGAUCACUGAUAAGGAGUUAGAGAACGUGGCUUCUUUCCGUUCCUGGAAGCGGAUCCCUGUUGUCGUGUAUAGGCACUUGCGCAAUGGGGCUGCGAUUGCCCGCUGUAGCCAGCCAGAGAUCAGCUGGUGGGGUUGGCGCAAUGCUGAUGAUGAGUACCUGGUUACAUCUAUUGCCAAAGCCUGUGCCCUGGAUCCUGGGGUGAGGGCAGCUGGGGGUGUCCCUUUCAAUGGGAACAGUGAGGGAAGUGAAACAUGUGAUGCUGACUUCGAUUCCUCUCUUACAGCAUGCUCUGGAGUGGAAAGCACUGGAGCACCCCAGAAGCUGCUCAUCUUAGAUGCUCGAUCCUACACAGCAGCAGUGGCUAACCGGGCCAAGGGUGGAGGCUGUGAAUGUGAAGAGUACUAUCCCAACUGUGAAGUGGUGUUCAUGGGAAUGGCCAAUAUCCAUUCCAUUCGGAACAGCUUCCAGUACCUUCGAGCUGUCUGCAGUCAGAUGCCGGACCCUAGCAACUGGCUGUCAGCAUUGGAGAGCACCAAAUGGCUGCAGCACCUGUCAGUGAUGUUGAAGGCAGCAGUGCUGGUGUCAAACACGGUGGACCGGGAGGGCCGGCCGGUUCUGGUGCAUUGUUCAGAUGGCUGGGACCGUACUCCCCAGAUUGUAGCCCUGGCGAAGAUUCUAUUGGAUCCCUACUAUAGGACUUUGGAGGGCUUCCAAGUGUUGGUGGAGUCUGACUGGCUGGACUUUGGUCACAAAUUUGGUGAUCGAUGUGGUCACCAAGAAAAUGCAGAGGAUCAGAAUGAACAGUGCCCAGUGUUUCUCCAGUGGCUUGAUUCGGUUCACCAGCUGCUUAAGCAGUUCCCUUGUCUGUUUGAAUUUAAUGAAGCCUUCUUGGUAAAACUGGUACAGCACACAUACUCUUGUCUGUAUGGCACAUUCCUGGCCAACAACCCAUGGGAGCGAGAGAUGCGCAACAUUUAUAAACGGACCUGUUCUGUGUGGUCCCUCCUCCGAGCAGGCAACAAGAAUUUCCACAACUUUCUUUAUGUUCCGGGUUCGGAGCUGGUCCUCCAUCCUGUGUGUCAUGUGCGGGCUCUGCACCUCUGGACAGCUGUGUACCUUCCAGCAUCAUCUCCAUGCACACUUGGGGAAGAUAGCAUGGACCUUUACCUUCCUCCAGUAACUCAGAGUCAGGAAUUCACUGGCCGAUCUCUGGAUAGGUUACCUAAAACAAGGUCCAUGGAUGACCUGUUUUCUGCCUGUGACACCAGCAGUGCACUGAUUCGGACUUCUAGUGAUCCCAACCUAAAUAACCACUGUCAGGAAGCCAGGGCAGGCCUGGAGCCCUGGCACAGUAAUUCUGAAGGAACAGAUAUACCCUUAGUAGAACAUGGGCCAGGUGGCCCUCAACAGCCAGUGGAGGAACUGGGCCAUCUUCAGCCCAGCAACCAAAAAGACUGCUUGAGCAAUAAUACUUUGAAGAAUCACAAAAACUGUUCCCCCAGUUACAAAUUAUUAAAUAGCAUGGUACUACAGCAAGCAAAGAGCCACCCCUGUGAUCCUGAAAUCAAAGACCUGGAAGAAACCAAGGACUCUGAAACAGUUGCAAGCCCUCCUGUUCUGGACAAGCUUUGUAGGACUUACGAUGAUGUUGGAGAAUGUACAACUACACACGGUCCCGAGAAAAAUGCUGCCAAGAUGCUCUCCCAGGUUGUUUCCUCUGAAUGUAAUGGAAUCUUUAAACUUCCGGAGUCCUUCUCUCAGGAUUCCCCUCCUGAUCAAGGCAUUCUUGAACAAGCUCCCCUAGACCCCAUGCCAGGCGUGCCCUACAAAGAUGCUCCAGACCCCAGUAUAGGUAUCUUUCAUAACCCACCAAGUAUUGCCUGCCAAACUCUUCCAGACCCACUCCUGGGUCCCCCUUGCCAAGACCUUUCAGACUCUGUGUCAAAUAUCACCCAGGAGCAGCAGCUGAAUACUCAGCUAGAUCCUGCCCACUGGGAGGAAGAUGAUGGUCAAAGAGGGAAAGUUAGAAAUGGGCCAUUGUGGGAGAAUCUUCGCUUUGGCAAAGGGCCAUUGGAAUUGGUCCGAAAGCCAAUUUCCCAGAGCCAGACAAGUGAAUUUUCAUUUUUGGGAUCCAACUGGGACAGUUUCCAGGGAAUGGUGACUUCACUCCCAAAUGGGGAGACCCCUAGACGUCUGCUUUCUUAUGGCUGUUGUAGUAAGAGGUCAAACAAUAAGCAGAUACGGGGGUCAGGGACCUAUGUUGGUGGCCAGUGGGCUCAGAGAGAAUGUGUGAAGUCACCUGUUUGUUCUAAGCAUUCCAGUGGACACUGUACUGGCUCAGGAGGAAAAAACAGCCGGACACGGCUAUCUGGUCCCUCCAAGCAGGUGUCUAGUACAAAGCCUAUUCCAGUGAGUUGCCCUUCUCCGGUGCCUCCUCUCUACUUGGAUGAUGAUGGCCUACCCUUCCCCACGGAUGUGAUCCAGCACAGAUUGCGGCAAAUUGAAGCAGGGUACAAACAAGAAGUAGAGUUGCUGCGGAGGCAGGUGCGUGAACUCCAGAUGAGGCUGGACAUCCGUCACUGCUGUGCCCCUGCAGCAGAGCCACCCGUGGACUACGAGGAUGACUUUACGUGUUUGAAAGAGUCUGAUGGCAGUGACACAGAGGAUUUUGGCUCUGAUCACAGUGAGGAUUGCCUUUCAGAAGCAAGCUGGGAACCUGUUGAUAAGAAAGAAACUGAGGUGACUCGUUGGGUUCCAGACCAUAUGGCAUCUCACUGCUAUAACUGUGACUGUGAAUUCUGGCUGGCCAAAAGGAGACACCACUGCAGAAAUUGUGGGAAUGUGUUCUGUGCUGGAUGCUGCCACCUGAAGCUGCCCAUUCCUGAUCAACAGCUCUAUGACCCAGUUCUUGUCUGUAACUCAUGUUACGAACACAUCCAAGUGUCACGUGCCAGGGAACUCAUGAGCCAACAUCUGAAGAAACCCAUUGCUACAGCUUCUAGCUGAAUGCCAGUGGAGACCACCUGUCUAAUUUUAGCAGGUUUGAAGGGAGGAUCUGCUUCAGGUAUAGUUUUGAAGGUUCCUUGGUGUGGCUCAUGAACACAAAGUUCGAAGACACCGUCUUGCGAAGUCCUCCUUGGUACCAUCAGACUGGAGCAGAGAAAUUCCAAUUUGGCAGAGUGUCCUCUAAUGGUGAGAACCUCACCUUGGUGUAAAAGGUUCUGCUCCAGACUUUUAGGUCUGGAGCUUUAAGGUUAUGUAGGUGACACCAACUUUUUUCACCUGGGGGGGGUGGGUCAUAAGAUGAUGAUGUCAAAGGUACUGCCUGGUGCAAAGUGCCCCAAACAGCAAUAGAAAGACAUGUUUAUAACCAAACUCCAAGUGGCAACUCAGCUCCCAUUUCUCCACCCUGAAAAAGCAGAUUAUAAUGUAAGCUGGGAGUUUCUAUCUUAUCUGAGAUGAUCUCCACAGCAUACCUCUGUGCUCUGUGUCUGUGCAUGAAGGCUCAGUCGUUAGAGACACUCCAGUGUAGCUGCAUUAGUUCUGUCUUUCUGUGGAGUUUGGUUUGAAGAAUGCUUUGGCAAAAGGUGAAGUUGGAUGUUUUUGGUUCUUGGCUCAUGAGCUGGCAGUAUGGGGGAUACUAAGUGUAGAAGAAAUUAGGAGCAAAACUUCAUUUUGGAGCAGAGCCAAUCUCUCUUGAUAUCCAGUCCCAACAUAGAUGAGUUCUUUGAGCUGUGAAAGCAGUAGACUCAAUCACCCAGUGGUCAGCUCUGAAGGUAUGAGCUGUAAAAAAUGAGGAGAUGGGAGAAAGUAAAAAUCCAUUUGUGGAGGUGUCUGUUGGUUUGUUCAGUGCCCUUUUUGCCUGACUUCUCCCAGUCAUCCUGGUGCUAACACAGGAACUACACCCUGAUCCUCUCCUGGCAUGAACGUAGAAAAAAAUAUUCCAAUGUUGCUCUUCCCUUGGCUACUGCCUCCUCUGGGUCACACUGCUCUUUAUCCUGAACACUUGACACCUUGAGGGUAGAAUUUAGUGUUUGGUUUUUACCUCCUGGAAUAUACUGUUUGGUAUGUGAGGGUUUCAGAACAAAUGCUGCUGUCUAUUUCUGUGCACUUAACAAUGGAACCCAAACAGAGGAGGAUAUAGCAUUGAUACCAAAAUUUGGAGAGAGAAAUGCAGGUCCAUUUGGACUGUACAUUCUGUUCUUUUCAUCGUAACAUGUACCAGUGGCACUUAACCAAAAGAUACAGUGAUAUAGCCAUGUCCUGUAGUAUCUAUGUUUGUGGGACAGAUACAGUCUCCUUGGUCCAUAAUGAAACCACUUCCCAGAGUUCCUCUUGGACUUCCUCUACUCUUUAGUUAGUGGGUAUACAACAAAGCAUUAUAUCUAAGCUGAUCCUGUUCGAAAGGCUGGGAUAACAGUUUCUUUGACUGUUUCUAUGUUGCUUCCUAGAAUUUUAUCUCCAAGACUUUUUACUUUUUCAUUUUUGAGAAAACUAACUAGGAUCUGCAUUUAGGAAGAGAAUAAUUAGAAGUCCUGACCUAUUCUUGAUUCCUACAGAGAAGUAUCAAUGCUGUUUUUAUUCUGACCAUGUGCUAAUGCCAUGGGUGUAAGGAAAACACAAUGGUAUAUUAGGUCAAAGUAGCAGAGGAUUUGGGGUUGUUUUUUUUUUUUUUAACAUUUUACAUGAAGGAGUUGAAUAAUGGAGACUCCAGUGUAGGAGACUCCUGAGGCCACUGAAAAAGUAACAAACCGUUGACUCCUUAUGUAGUAUGUAGUCUGAUACAUAAAAUUCUGUGAAGUACUCUCUGGUCUUUUAAAUUGAAAGUUGAGUGGCUUUUUAAUUGUUUGACCUGUUUUUCAUUUACAUUUUACUUUGCCCAUGCACAGUUCUGUACUUUUUAUGGUGGUCUGUAAAUUCAGAAAGCAAAAAGACUGUGGUAAUAUGUGAAAAGAGGAGACUGUAUCUGUCCGCUCUGUGUGGCUGUUUUGAGGGACUGUACCAUACAGUGAGUUAAACUGCAUGGUAUUAAAGAGAGACACUCGGGGGCCUCCAGCUCAGCUAUGUUCAUCAAAGACUCCUUUCAGAGCUCUUGUGGGUGUAAAGUAAUAUGAUGUGGCCAAAAAUCCAAACUGUUUAGUCGCAUUGUGACAAACAUGAAAUGUGCUGUAAAAACUCAAUACAGUUUAAAUAAAAUCUCUAUAUUAGUG